UUGAAGAUUGUAGAGAGAGAGAGAGAGAGAGCGAUAUUUAGAUUUGGUUAGGUCCAAGUGUCAUUGGGUCUAAUCUAACUGGUUCGCAGUCAAAUUCGGGUUGAAAAUCAAGCAUUUAUAUGCUCGAUCUUUAGUCAGAAUCAGUUUGCAUCUGAACUCCGUCCCCAGCUUUCCUGCCCAUUGCAAAUCUUUAGUUCCUAUAUACGGCUCCUGUUUCCAACUGUUGAUCGUUAUCGUUCUUUCCAGUGUUCUUCCUAAAUCUUUAGUUCCUACUUUAGGGUUCCUGUUUUCAACCGUUGAUAUUUGUCAUUCAUUCCAGCAUUCUAUACAGAAUGGUUGGGCACCCAGAUCCAACUGUUCUUCGUUCGCUUAUCUAAUUCCAACUACAACCUGGAUUAGGAUCUCUAUGAGUCUAUCUAUGUUCUUUGGUUCUUAAUUCGGAUCAUCCAAUCCAUAUGCAUCUGACCCGUUGUCCGCUGUUCAACGUGGAGGCAGAAGCCUUGAGCUUCAGCUCUGAGCUAAAAUGGCCGUCCUGGGUUUAGGGUUUUAAGGGUUUUUUUUUCUUUUCCGAUGAACGGGGAAGGUUUCGCUGCACCUCGAUGCUUUGUAAGAGUCAUGCGCUUGGCAUCCAAAAGAAGCUCCCCGCGUUCCGCCCUGUCUCUCGAUUCCUCCGCUCAUCUGCUCUUGAAGCCCUGAAUCUCCCUGAAGAAUCGCCGGCGGAGGGGCCCCAAAAUGCCAGCUUUCUCAGAUUCCUGCAGCUGGAGGUUCAAUUUUACGCCUCCAAUGGGUGCCCCGCCGACGCCCUAAAAGCCUUGAAUUACAUGAGAAAAAUCAGAGGUAAGCCCACCAUUCUCGACUACAAUCAUCUUCUGUACCACUACUUGAAAGCGAGGAACGUUUCGUUGGAUCAUGUUUCCGUAGUUCUUAGUGAAAUUAGGCAGUCGGGCUUCUCAUGGAACGCCUCUACGUACAACAUACUCACUAAUGGCUUCGUCAAGUUGGGGCUUUAUAACGACGCUUUUCGGGUUGUUUGCGAUAUGUAUGAAAACGGGCUUUUGCCUUCUUUUACUUGUUUGAUGGUGGUGUUGAGGAAAUUGCUUGUAGUGGAUGAUUUGGUCGCCUCUGUUACUGUAGUAGAGAUGAUGUUGAAGUGGGGAUACAUUCCGACUCCACCUAGUGUGAAUCUUUUGAUCCUUAGGCUGAUUCGCUGUGCUUGCAUUAGGGAAGCAUUUUCAUUGUUCUGCAUACUUCUCGAGAAAGGAUUUUACCCCAACCUGUAUUCUUACAAUCCUAUAAUUGAUGGAUUCUGCAAAUCUGGAAUGAAUGCUAAUGCUCUGGCGCUGUUUGCUUGCUUGCGGAAGAAGGGUUACACGAGUAAUGUGUACUCGUAUACGGCAUUGAUACAUGGUUUCUGCAGAGAAGGGUUGUGGGAAGAUGCUAAUUGGGUUUUGAAUCACAUGGUGCUUGACGGGCAUCAGCCUAAUGUGGUGAGCUACACGGCGCUGAUUAAAUUUCUGUGUGAGCAUGGGAAAUUAGAAAAGGCGUUCACUAUUUUGGGUAAGAUGGAACAGCAGAAAUGUGAACCAGAUUCCAUCACAUAUAAUGUAAUUAUUCGUGAAUCAUGUCGGCAGGGAAGGAUUGUGGAUGCCUGUGAAUUGUUACGGGUUAUGGAUGCAAAGAGGUGUCCAAUUGAUGCAUUCACGCUUAGUGCUUUGGUUGGUGCUCUUGUUGAUGCUGGCCAAGCUGAUUCUGCCAUUAAGCUUCUGCGCAGUGUUUCAGCUAUGGGCAGUGUGGUUGAUGUUGUCUUGUGGAACAUUUAUUUUGAUUGUCUGUGUCAUGAAGGGCUCUUGGAAGAAGCUCUGUCUCAAGCAUCAAAAAUGAAAGAAAAUGGUUUUCUCCCAACGGCUUGUACAUAUAAUACAAUAAUUAAUGGGCUUUGCAAGGGGGGUUAUCUUCAAGAAGCAUGUGAACUUUUCUCUCUGUUUGAGCACAUGGGUAGUGGACCUGACAUGGUUUCUUGCAAUACAAUGCUCUCUGCUUCAUGCAAGCAGAAGGAUUCGUCAUUGAUUCGAAGAGUCUUGCAUGUCAUGGAAGUCAAAGGCUACAAGCUUGAUGCAAUAAGUUAUACUUGUCUGAUUCAGUACUUUUGUUUGGAGGACAAGUACUCAGAAUGUUUUAAGCUCUUGAAGUCCAUGGCCAGCGGAGGCCUUGCUCCUGGCAUUGUUACGUAUAAUGUUCUUCUUCACAGUCUUUGCGAGAAAGGUUUGGUUAGAAAUGCUUAUAAGUUCUUCAUGGACAUCAAACGUUUCGAUAGCAUGUUCCCUGACAUUGUUUCUUACAACAUUCUCAUCCAUGCAGCUGCAAAGGAGAAAAAAAACCUUUUAGUGGCAAAGCUUCUAAAUGAUAUUUAUGACUCUGGUCUUGUGCCAGAUGCUGUUACAUAUGGUUCCCUUAUUUACAGCCUUUGCAAGGAGGGAAGUAUAUCUGCUGCCAUGAAGCUUUGCUGCCAGAUGAAAGAGAAGGAGAUAUAUCCUAGUAUUGUUAUAUACAACAUAUUGCUAGAUGCCUUACUGAGAAGAAGAAAAUUUUGGCAGGUGUUCUUGCUAUUAGUCGAAAUGUCAAUUCAAGGAUGUGAGCCAGAUGAAAUUUCUUUCAUGAUCCUGAAGCGGAUUAUGACACAAGGAGGCCAAAGGGGCCACCCUGAUGCCAUGAGAGCUACUUGGGUGUUGAUGAGAAAAAUUUGUAGUUGUCAUGAUCAAUUUGCUGUAAGUCCUGGUUGACAGAGGCUUAUAUAUUGUAAGCACAUAUACCACACUCUUUUGAGCAUCCUGUUGGUAUCCUGCACUGUGUUGUAGUAGGAGGUGGAGCAUGGAGCUACCAAGAUGCCAUGACAGCUAUGUGGGCUAAUUGUUGAGCAAAACUUGCUGUCACGUCUCACGAGACCGUUUUAAUGGGCAUUCAUUGUGAAAAUUUCUUAAUGGGGCUUGUGUGUUAUGAGUGAUGAAAUAUGUUAGAGAAAUGCUGUUCUGCAGGUGAUCCUGGGCUUCGUGGUCUCAAAUCUGUCUCAACAAAACAAUCUUUGCUUUAUUGGCUUGCCAUUACUGUGACUGCCAAAUACUGGCUUCGCUUGGUCAUGCAGAUUGUGGAUUCUGGUUGGCUUACUUUUGGAAUUUAAGGCCAAAAUCCUAAACCCUAAUUCGUUUGCAGUAUUGAAGAUUUGAACGCUCCGGAGGCAAUGUUAUUAAGACAGCUGCAGAGACUGUGCUUCUUCCAUGAAAUUGGUUAUGCAAAAGAGAAAUAAGAAAAGAGAUCCGCGCUUUCAACUACAGGGUUUUGAACUACAAGGAUUGACGCAACAUAUGAAGGGACUGAUCGGACCAGUUCCUACCGUGGAUUACAUUUUUUUGGGUUAUCUAUUAUGGCUAUUUUCCUCCCAAAUUUCAGAGACCAUUGGGAGCCUGUUAAAAAUGGUGAUCGUCGAAAACAUCAAGCACGUCUGGUCUGGAGAAUAUGAGCCCGAGCAUUGUUCCUUUUGGCUGUGAGCACUUGGGCUAAUGGGAGAUACAUUCAUGACGUCGUGAUCUCUAUUCAUGAUUUCAAUCUGAAGAUGCGCCUCUUCUUCAUAGUGUUUUUACCUCGAGUGAAGAAUGUUCCUGAUUUUUGUGAAGAAUGUCUCUGGUUAGUAACGACCUACAACAUAGGUGAAGUUGUCCGGUAUAAGUUCUGUGUCAAGAAAGUUUUCUAGCUAAAACACGGGGGGAGAAAGUCAGACCUCGACGUGUACCACUCUUUUACUGUGGAGAAUUUAUCAGAAUGCAUGCACCUGAAUAGCUUCUCCAGA